AUGAGUUUGAUGAAUCCACAUGACAAGGGUUUAAGUUUUGAAUCUCCAAGCUUCAUUGAAUGGCUUAAGCCUCCAUCUUCUACUCCUGUCUUAUUACGUAUGAAGACAAAAGAUGUUAUGUCAAGAUCUAAUCAUCGCCAGAGUCAGAUGAACAUGUUGGAGCAAUCUCUUUUCUUAUACCAACCACAAGAGCUACUCAACACAAACACCACGUCUAUUCAAUGCUUGCCUCUUCUAAACAAGCUCACGGAAAAUAAAAGUCAAGCCUUGGCUGAUAUCAAGGAAGAGAAGGAUGAUGAUGUGGUUACUCUCCAAAUCGGAUUGCCUAACUAUCACCGUGGUAACUCGGCGGAGGAUGACUCUGACACAACUUCCGAUUAUCAGAAGAAACCCAUCAAGAGAGAGAUCAUAGAAGAUGGUGUGGUGAUGAUGAAGAAGAGGAGGAACAUGAAGUUUGUUGAUGAGGAGAUGACUGAUUAUGAUAUGGGAGUCUGUGGAAAGAGGUUCUGGGUUCCAAGUCCCGCUCAGAUUCACGUCGGUCCAAUGCAAUUUGCAUGCUCUAUUUGCAGCAAAACCUUCAAUAGAUACAAUAACAUGCAAAUGCAUAUGUGGGGACAUGGAUCCGAAUUUAGAAAAGGAGCUGAUUCCUUGAAGGGCACAACCCAACCUGCGGCUAUUCUUCGGCUGCCAUGUUAUUGUUGUGCCGAGGGAUGCAAGAACAACAUUAACCAUCCACGGUCUAAGCCCUUGAAGGACUUCCGUACACUUCAGACACAUUACAAACGUAAGCAUGGCUCAAAACCCUUCUCUUGUGGAAAAUGCGGCAAAGCCUUGGCCGUGAAAGGCGAUUGGAGAACCCAUGAGAAGAACUGCGGAAAGCUUUGGUAUUGCACAUGUGGAUCAGAUUUCAAGCACAAGAGGUCUCUCAAGGAUCAUAUCAGGUCCUUUGGCCAUGGACAUUCUCCUAAUCCGUCUCUUUCGUUUAACGGGUUUGAGGAGGAUACGGAAUGUGUCACCACGGAGUGA